UAUCGAGAAAAUUGAGAAACAUAGAUAGCCGUGUGUAUAGUCAAUGGUUUUAGUAACUGGUAGACCUCACUCACGGACAAGUCGCUCCUGACUAAAACUGGCUUAAAAUGCUUAGGCCUAUCUUACUUAUUUUUUGCUCGUUCGUGGUUUGUGAUGCUUUUGUAAAAUCGAUUAUAAAUGAUGCAGAAAUGGAGAAGAGAAUCAAAAAGUUAAAAAGCGAACUAAGCCCACUUUCAACGACAUCUUUAGAAGAUCACGGUGAAUUGACCUGCAUCUCGGAGACAUGGAGUAAAUGGAGCUCCGGAGGUUGGCAACCACAAAACUACCAAGCCUUCCUGGCAAAGCUCACUAACAAAAGGGAUGGGCAGCAAUUUUUGCUGGACUGGUAUUAUGUUGACGACUGUUCAGACGAUACUAAAGCAACUCGGAGUAUACAACAAGUGAAAGAAGUUGGAGGAGAUAAAGUUGAAGUCAAAUACAAGGUAACAUCCAAGGAUGCCAUUGUGGACCAAUCGCAGGUCUACAUGUUCAAUGUCAAUCAGAACGCUUACGACCGCGUGUGAACUGGAUGUUUAAGGUAGCAGUAAACU